AUGAGAAAGCCAGGUCAUGUCUCUACCAAACACCCUGUAAUAUCAUUGCUCUUAGUUCUGAUAAUAAUAUCACUGAAUGUUCAGUCUUCCUCCAGUUUGAAUCUCCGCGUAGCCAGUUGGAACUUGCUUGCACAGUGCUAUGUCAAACCAUCCAAAUACCCUUACUGCGAUCCACAACAUAUGGCAUGGGAGCAUCGGAAAUCUCUCAUGGUGCAACGAAUUCUUCAUGUAGAAGCCGAUAUAUUCUGUCUACAAGAGGUACAAGUCGAUUUAUGGCCAGACUUGUACGACACAAUCUGUCAACAUAAUGAUGGAUACAAAGGUGUCAUUCAAAAUGUCACCAAGGGACACAAUGUGGGGAAUGCUAUACUGAUCAAAAAGUCAUGUGGAUUGGACUUUCAGCGUUGUGAAUCAAGGUCGAGGGCUUUGAUUGGGGUACUUGCCAACCACAAAGACGACCGACUACUAUACGUGUGCAAUGUGCAUUUGGAAGCUGGGGAACAUCAAGACGACAAUCUUCAACGCUUCUAUCAACUAAAGUCGCUCUUCAAACGGUUGGUUGGACAAAUACAGUUGGAUGAACCAAAGAUAAAGCGACAUGACAAAAUUUUCUUGGACGAGGUCCCAAUUAUCAUGAUGGGUGAUUUCAACAUGCUGCGAACCAAUCCGCUUCAUACCUUCUUGACCCAAGGCUUGCUGCAAAGCCCCGAACAACUCAAUAAUUUGCCAGCCUUUCGGACCAUUCCAUUGGCGGAUGCUUAUUUGGAGUGUCCCAAUGUUCAAGAACACUUUAUGGCUAGCGAUGUACUGGAUGGCGAGGAGGAGUCGUCCAGUAGUAGUGGCAUAUUGGAAGAUGCGAAAGAAGCGGAUGAGCAGAGGAGCAACAAUCACCAAAUGUUGCAACGAACCUAUGCAACUGGAUUUGUCUUGGACUACAUUUUGUUUUCCCAUUCCAUGCAAGUCCAAAAGACUUUACUGCUGCAUCCCAUGAAUAAGAAUCGACUGCGACAAGAGUGGCCGUCCGCGGACUAUCCUUCGGAUCACUUGCCCGUAGCUGCCGAUUUUGAGUGGACAGCAGAAAGAUGA